AUGUUUUUUGCGCAACAACAACACCACCACCUGUCGUCGAAUUCGAUUUCGAUCUCCUCCGUAACGACCAAAAGAAUACGACAAAGCCGACGAACGUUCAGUACUGGACGCGCCGCCGUCGUCCGAGCGGCGGGCGCCGCGGACGGAGGCGACGGAAACGUGAAAUUCGCCAACAACAAAGCGGAGUGGGAUGCAGUCACGGGCGGUAACGACGGUCUCAUCGCGGUCCAAAUUUCCACGAAAACGUGCGGUCCUUGCAAAGUUAUUUACCCGACGUUCGUCGGUUUAUCGGAAGAAUUCGCGGAGAAGGCGACGUUUGUGAAAAUCAUGGGCGAUACGGACACCGAGUCGAGAGCGCUGAUGAAAGAGUGGGGCGUUCGCGUCGUGCCUUUGUUCAUGCUGUGGAAGAACGGCGAGAAGAUCGCGGAGUGGUCCGGGGCGAAGCCGGACGUGUUGAGAGAGAACGUCACGUCGGCUAUGUAG